GGUGCCGCCAUGGAGCACAUCACCACACCGAAGGUUGAAAAUGUGAAAUUACUAGAUCGUUAUACAAAUAGAAAGGCAGCAAAUGGGACAUUAUACCUGACAGCCACCCACUUGAUCUAUGUGGAGGCUUCUGCUGAAGUCAGAAAAGAAACAUGGAUUCUGCAUCACCAUAUUGCAACUGUGGAGAAACUGCCUCUGACCACAGCUGGAUAUCCACUCCUCAUCCACUGCAAGAACUUCCAUGUGGCUCACUUUGUCAUUGGGCAGGAACGUGACUGUCAUGAAGUGUUUGCCUCACUGCUUAAGCUUUCACAACCAGUGAGAGCUGAAGACCUUUAUGCUUUCUCUUACAAUCCCAAAAUGUCUAAAGAGAACCGGGAGAUUGGCUGGAAGCUGAUUGACCUAAAAGUGGAUUACCAACGGAUGGGAAUCCCAAAUGACUACUGGGAGAUAACGGAUCUUAACAAAGACUAUGAGGUUUGCAACACUUAUCCUCCUGAAAUCGUGGUGCCAAGAGCUGCUAACCAGACGGUGGUGACUGGAAGCUCCCGGUUCCGAAGCAGAGGACGGAUUCCGGUGCUUUCCUACUUAUAUAAAGAAAACAAUGCUGCCAUAUGUCGCUGCAGCCAGCCCCUCUCCGGCUUCAGCGCGCGCUGCCUGGAGGAUGAACAGAUGCUGCAGGCCAUCAGAGAAGCCAACCCUGGGAGCCCCUUCAUGUAUGUUGUAGACACAAGGCCAAAGUUGAAUGCCAUGGCGAACCGAGCAGCUGGGAAGGGCUAUGAGAAUGAAGAUAAUUAUGAUAACAUCUGCUUUAAAUUUAUUGGCAUUGAAAACAUCCAUGUGAUGCGCAGCAGCCUGCAGAAGCUCCUGGAAGUGUGUGAAAUGAAGUCUCCCUCAAUGAGCGAUUUCCUCACUGGGCUGGAGAACUCAGGUUGGUUACGGCACAUUAAGGCUGUGAUGGAUGCAGGUGUCUUUCUUGCCAAGGCUGUGAAAGAUGAAAAUGCCAGUGUCUUGGUCCACUGCUCCGAUGGGUGGGACCGCACCGCACAGGUCUGCUCCCUGGCUGGCCUUCUCUUGGAUCCCUUCUACAGGACUUUCAAAGGCUUCAUGAUCCUCAUAGAAAAGGAGUGGAUUGCAAUGGGCCACAAGUUCUCCCACAGGUGUGGCCAUUUGGAUGGUGACCCCAAAGAGGUGUCCCCUGUCUUCACACAGUUCAUUGAAUGUGUCUGGCAGCUCAUGCAGCAGUUCCCCUGCGCCUUUGAGUUCAACGAGCGUUUCCUCCUCGAAAUCCAUGACCAUGUCUACUCCUGCCAGUUUGGCAACUUCCUGGGCACCUGUCACAAGGAGCGGGAGGAUCUGAAAAUCUUUGAGAAGACCCACUCCCUGUGGCCUUUCCUCUUGCAGAAGAAGCAGGAAUUCAGAAAUCCUUUAUACAGAGGAUUUACAGCUUACAAAGAGCUUCAGCCAAACACUCUGCCUUUCAGUUUCCAGUUUUGGUGUGGGAUGUACAAUCGCUUCGACAAAGGAAUGCACCCAAAACAGCCUGUGCUGGAUCAUCUGCUGAGCUGCAUGAGCCAGAAGAUGAAACUGGAGGACAAUGCAUCUGAACUGGAAAAUAAACUUCCUUUCCUUGAUGGUCCUUUGCCCAGUGAAGCUUGCUCCUUACCAAAAGCAGGACGUGCUGCUUCCAAAACCCCAGUGCUCAACACUCCUCAGGAUUACGAAGCGGAGCCACCUCCUGCCUUGAGCAACGGUGCUGCAGAAGGGGACAUGGAUGUCCUGCCAGAAGUGGACCAGAAGCACAGGGACAACCUGUCCCAUCACCAGGAGGACCUGCAUGAGCUUAAUGACUCCACUGAGGUUUUAGGCCCUGAAGCUAAGGAUGGAAAGCUGCAGCACCACUGACCAGCUCAG